UGCGACGGCACACAUAUUCACAUUGCCUCCAGGCCAAAAAAUUAAUUUCUGGCAUUUGGGUUCAACAAAUAUUUUUAGACGGCAGGAUGUGUAAGAAAAACUCGAUGGCGGGUGGAUCCGCCGUUUAUCCGGACGAAAUGGAUAAAGGCGCAACGUCGAAUCACAUCAGCAUCGGCCGGAUGCUCAUUAUGUGGCGACGCUCCGUCUACAAAGUCGUCUACAAGGAACUAAUCGCAUUUCUUUUCACGUUCGGCACAAUUAGUGCCAUCUACCGUUAUGCCCUCGACGAAAAUCAGAAAAAGUAUUUCGAGGAAUCAAAAGCCUUUUUCCAGUCUUACAUCGAUCAUUUGUCGGUGCCGUUUCUUCUCGGGUUUUACGUAACUACCGUGGCUGGUCGGUGGUGGGCGCAAUACCUUACAAUCCCAUGGCCGGACAAACUGAUGUUAACUAUUCAAAUUUACAUCCCUGGUGAUGGAGAGGAAGUUCGAGUAUUACGACAGGGACUCGUCCGUCGAGCGCUUUUAAUGCUGAUCCUUUUGUUGCGUUCCAUCUCUUCCGCAGUGCGUCGCCGCUAUCCGAAUUUUCAGAGCCUCGUCAAAGAAGGGAUUAUGACUCGAAAGGAGAAACAGUGCUACGAGUCUGUAAUUCCAGUCGUCAACUUAUUUUGGGUACCUGCAACUUGGUUCGUUUCAGCUCUUAAUGAAGCUGUUAGCGCUGGUACCUUAAAAAAUGAAUAUGGAGCUAAACUCAUCAUGGAGGAAUUUCUAGAAUUUCGCGCUAAUUGCGGAGCUCUUUGGAGCUACAACUGGGUCAGCAUUCCUAUGAUCUACACCCAAGUUUGCACGUUGUCGACUUAUUCUUAUUUCAUCGCCUGUCUGAUGGCCCGCCAGUACACGGGCCCUAGUCUUCAAUCGUUGGAAGACAUUGACAUUGUCCUGCCUCUUGGAACAAUCAUGGAACUUAUUUGCUACGUUGGUCUCUUAAAAGUGGCCGAACAGAUUAAAAACCCUUUUGGAGACGCUGACGAGGAUUUUGAUCUCAACUUUCUCAUCACUCGACAUCUCAGAACGGUUCAUCUUGGACUUGGUGACGUAGGUGAUAUUCGAUUGCCUUUGAUAGAGCCUACCGAUUCAAGCACAGUUCAUUCAACGGACGAUUCACUCAUGCUAAUGCCAGGCCAACUGAUGCAUGAUCAUCCACAAUCUACUUCGACCACUUUUAAUAAUCGCUGAAAACGGCGAUUUCAUACAAACACACCAUCACAACCAAAUCAAAAACAUGACCUUAUUCGGAUAAAACUAUAUCGAUUGUUUGUCAAGUUAGAAAAUGGACACACAGCAAUAUAAUAUAAAGCAGCGCUUGUAUGAGAAACCUGACAAACAACUUAUUGUCAGCUUUGCACCUCCUUGCAAAAAUAACAUGUUACGAUUUAAUUCAACAGAGGACAUAAAUGUAUCAUAUUAUUUGAACCGCUAUUAGAUUUUAUUACUCCCAGGACACAUCUAACAACAUGUUGUACGCGUUUAGUUGUUUGAUUCAACUGUUGUAUUUGUGAAGUUGGCUGUGUAGUGCGCAGCAACCUGACCAUGUAUGAUCGAUG